AUGAUCACUCAACUUACUCAAGAAGAAGUCGAUAUUCUCAUUGACGAGGCAAGAUAUGGUGAGCUAGACUCGUUGAAAGAAAUUUUUCAGCAAAUAGAUCCCAAAGUUCUCCUUUCUAUACACAACGACAUCACAUUGACCACACCUUUCCAUAUGGCAGCAGCUAAUGGCCACACAAAGGUUCUUGACUAUUUGCUAAGCCUGAUCCCCAAAGAGGAAGUUAAAACCGUUAUCAACAAGCAAAAUGAAAGUGGCAGCACAGCUUUACAUUGGUCUGCCUUGAAUGGACAUUUGGAGGUAGUAAAGCUUUUGUGUGAAAAGUAUGAUGCUGAUCCCUUUAUCAAGAAUAGUGCCGGUCAUGAUGCCAUUUACGAAGCUGAAAUGAACAACAAAGAAGAUGUAGAAACUUACUUUCUAGAGAAGUACUCUGUUGAGCCAGAGAAUAAUCACGAUGACGACACUGUUGAGUUCAAUGAGGGCACAGAGAUCCAAAAUGCAACAAAGGAUGCUGUAGACAGUCUUUCCAAGGACGCAGAAAAGGUCAGUAUUAAUUAG